ACUACUAAGUACUAACUCUUACAAUAAAGGUUCGGUACUUCGGUUGCUAACUUGCCCUUCCCCUUCGUGUUGUUGGGAUUAAAUCUUAUGAAGGAGUGUACUGCUUAUUCAGAGGCCUAGUGUUUAAAAUGAUUUACCGAUGGGGCACAUGCUCAGCCGGCGUAAAGUUUGAGAGAUUGCGCUACUAAUAUCCUACCGCUAGGCUUAACCCUAGACCAAUGCAUUGAAAACCGUGUUCGAAUCCUGUUUAUGAACCUCAGUCAUAUUAACAAGAUCCCUUAUGUCAAGCAAGAUCCUUCCCCUUUCGGAGUCUGUGCGAUCUCAGCUACGAUCUGGAGUUUCCAUAACUUCUGUGGGACAGUGUGUUGAGGAGCUGGUUUUAAAUAGUCUGGAUGCCAAAGCGACAUGCAUAGCUGUUAGGAUUGAUCUCAGCAUCUUCAGGAUUCAAGUAGUUGACAAUGGUCAUGGAAUUAGUCACGAAAAUCUCAAAGUUCUUGGGAGCAGACACUCAACAAGUAAAUGCCAUACUCUUGAAGACCUCACUAACAAUCUCAGUCAUUAUGGAUUUCGUGGAGAGGCUCUGGCAAGCAUCGUUGACAUGGCUGCCAUAAUUGAUGUAACUACUCGCUCUCAUAGUUCCACAGAUACUUAUACCAAACUCUUCAUGUAUGGAAAUGAAAAGUCCAUUUCCCAUGCCGAGUCUCAAAGGCCAAGUAUAGGCACGACCAUAACCAUCCAAGAUUUUAUGUACAAUAUGCCAGUUAGACGAAAAUUGAUCAAGGAGGCCAUCGACAUUGAGAAUAUUCGUAUCCGUUUGGAAUGUUUUGCUUUGAUGCAUUGUCAUGUAUCUUUUAGCUUGAGGAAUGACAGCAGUAAUGAUAAAGUCUUUCAAGCAAGUAAAAGUAAUGGCUUAAUUUCUACAUUUAUACAGUUGUUUGGUUCAGAAAGAGCUCAAGGACUGGCAGAAGUUUCUCACUCUGUUGAUCACUUCAGUGUCUCAGGUUAUGUAAGUACACAACCGCACGUAACAAGAUCGCUUCAGUUUGUGUAUGUAAACAAACGAGUGGUGAUGAAAACAAAGAUUCACAAAUUUUUGAAUGAACUCCUGAGCAGGAGUUCUAUCAUAAGCAAUAGACUUCAUCCUACUACUCCUGCUCCAGGGAAGACUCCAUCUAGCCCUUUCAAAGGCCUAAGACUUUACGGUAUAUUUGUUAUAAAUAUAGAAUGUCCUUUGAGUGAAUAUGACAUAUGCCUUGAACCACAAAAGACUGCAGUGGAGUUUAAAGAUUGGGAUAAGCUUUUACUUUGUAUUGAAGAAAUGAUUGUAAAAUUUAUUCAAGAAGAAGGAUUAAUGCUAUCCUUAGAUGAAAGGUUUCGAAGAUCUGGUCGAGAGCUGAUAGAAGAUGAGUCUUCUGUGCCUCACAGCAGUCAAACCUUUUUACAGGUAUUUAGUCGAAAGAGAACUGCAGACACGAAAGAAGGGGAUGAGCCUCCUAAAGAGAAAUAUGGACGCAUGUUCUGUGUUGAAGAUAACUUAUCUGGAUUACACAGCCUGCCCGUUCGACGUAGUGAUAAUAAAAAAAAGUGCCAGAUCUCAUGUGUUGAACCUAGUCAGGAUGACAUUGAUGACAUGACGCCUAUCACCAGUGAUGGUGAUAAUGGAAAUCAUUACCUUGUAAAAUGUCAGCAUGAGGGAUCCAUCAAUAAUCUUUCAAGACAGGAGCCUCAAAAAUUGGAAGACUGUCAGAUAAGCAUUAUCACAGAGAAAACAGAUGUCAGGAAUUUAGAUAUAAUGGUCAGAGGCAAUGUAUCCCCAGUUAGGAAUGAUCAGGAGUUAAAGAACUUGAGUCAUGUGGAGUAUAUAAAGAGUAUCAUUGCAAAGCAAAAAGGAGACCAACAAGAAUUGCAAAAAGGAAAUUAUAAAGUAAUUGAUGAUAAAGUGCACAGUCGAGGCAAGACAGACAAACAUUCAGAUGUAUCAGAUAGUGAAUUUACUGGUGAAGGACAUGUUAACAAUUUCCAGAAUAAGGAUGAUGUUCCUGCAGGAAGCAUCUCACUGUUUGAGAGAGAAAAAAACCUUGAAAAUUGUUUUUUAAUGAAUAAAAGUCUUCAGUCUGUAGAAGCACUAACUCGUGUAUGUUCUAAAACAACUGAAACAAACAAGGUAGCACUAUCAGAGGUUAGUAGUAAAUUUGAGAGUAAUUUUUGUGAAACCAUUUCCGAAAAGAGUUCUUUGGGGGAAUUGAAAGAACUUUAUGAGGCGGAAGUGAAGAAAAUGUGUGUUUCAGAUUUUUUUUCUACACCAGAACAAGAUGUAAGAAAGACACCGUCUUCACCCCCGGCAUUGAAAAAUCAAUUGCUUAGUUACAAUAGCAAAUCAAAUUCCAUUGAACAAUCUACUUCCAGUUCUACUUUGUGCACUAAAGUUAAUGAGAAUGAGAAAAGCUCAAUUUCUAGUGCUCUGAAAAAAGGUAUGUUGAAGCAUCAGAAGAAAAUGACAUCCUGCAAAUAUCUUCAGAAGUUUGAGUUCAAGAAAAAUGUCAAGAAUUCUAAUGUUAAGACUGUUUCAGGGAAAAUGAAAACUCGUAGUCUGCAACCUAGAUGUUUACACAUGGAUUGCAAGUCUGUUUCAUGUAAACAAGAAAAUUGUUUGCAGCCGGUCAAAUAUCACACAGAUUUACAUCCAUUGCCCGAGACACUAACUUCUCAUGAGGUGGAAAAGGACACUUUUCCCGAUCAGAACUCAGAUUCUGUCACUGCCUGUACUUGUGAGGAAUCAUCAAGGAAUAAUGAUUUCAUUUUAAAGCUUUCUGAAUCUCAAAUCCAUGAAGGAAAAAGCAAAAGACAAGUACAAGGUUUAAAGUCAGAAGUAAAAUCAGAUUAUGAAAAUAUAUUGAUCAGAAAUAAACCAGAAACCAAUACAGAUUUGAUUAGAAUUCCUGAGGUAACAGGUUCCAGGGAAGCUCAAAAUCAUUUUAAUUUGCAAUCACCAGAGGAGAAUAGGACCGAUCUCAGCACUGCAGUGGUAUCAGAUGUUCACAAAUGGCAUAAGGGUAAUUUUGACCAAGAUAUGGAAGGUACAGUUCUGGAUAGUUUUAGGUUUUCUCCUGUACUAACUACUAAUUCUAAUAAUGACAAUCACACUGAAACUUCAGAGUCUAAUCAGCAGCUCCUUGAAACAGCAAAUAUUCCACAACAUGAUAAAGCUGAACAGUCUUCCUGUACUGUUUCAGUUUGCAAAGAUGUCAUGGAUGAAGUAGAGAAAAGUGCUCCUGUAAAAUCUCAAUGGAUGCCAGAACAUUUUAAGAAUUUCACUACUCCAGAUAUUCAUAAGAAGAAAAUGGUAUACAUUUCCCAGAAUUAUGUGGGUCAGAUUUUUGAAAGCAGUGUUUGCAGUGAUCCCCAGGGAGUUGGUAAUCAAAUUACUAAAUUAAAAAAACAUGGAAGCUAUGAAAGCAGUGUGGAUAGCAAUUUUAGAAAGUGCCAAGUUACUGAUUUGUUAUUUUGUUCAGGAGACAUAAUUAAGAGUAAGCUUGUAAAUCAAACAUUGUUGCAGUCACCUCAUACACAAUCUUUUGAAGUGAAUAAAGAAUUAAGUUCAGAUGAAAGUAAGGCUAUGACUUAUGAUCAUAUUGCUACUAAAGUAAAUAUUUCAGAAUCUGAAAUUUUCAUACAAAAAAAUCAGAGUAUUAGUGAACUUGGAACACCAGUGUUAUCUUGCAAGGAUUUGGUUCAGGAUAAUGUGACUAAGAGAACUUCAGAUGUAUGUGUUCAAAUCUCAAGUGUGUUAAAAGAUCUAAAUGUAAUAACAAGCAAUAUAGAUGAAAGUGAAACUUGCAGCGGUAUUCACAAAAAAGUUGAGAGUUCAACGCACAGUUCCAUUCAGAAUGAAAUGACUGAGUCAGCUGUUGUUAAUAAAGAGAGAGCAUCAGGGUUUCCUAACUCUAGUAAAUAUAAUCUUUUGUCAAAACUUUCAGAAAGUCUGUCGCAACAAUCAAACAAUGCAUGUGACAAAACAACAGAAAAAGUUUUUACAGAAAGGAGUGGUUUUAAUAAUUCUACAAUUGAUGGAAGUGGUCAUCAUGAUGCUACAAACUUCAUGCACAGUUCACCACAUUGUAAUCAUACAAAUACUGAUUCAUUGAUAAAAUAUUCAUCUUCUAUGAAUGCUAAUAACGAUGGAUUGUUGCCCUCUCAAGAGGUGCAAAGCUGUGCCUCUCUAGCACCAGAGGAUAGUACUUGUAUGGCAAUCAAAUCUAUCUGCACUGAUGAUACAGAUAGAAAUAAAAAUGUAGAAAUACCAACUGAAAGGGAGGUUUUGCAUUCACCAUCACUCCAUUUCUCACAGCUUACAUUGCCAAGUAUUGCAAAGUCAUCUCAAACCACAGAAUUUUCAUCAACUUGUGAGGUUUUAGGAAUUACCCUUCCAACCAUUAGUGAUCAUUCUCAGUGCUCUAUUAUUAAACAAGAAACAUCAGAAGACCCAGAACUGAUACAAUCUUCUUGUGAAGAAAUCUCUGUUGAAGAUGCUGAUAAGGAGCUUGUUCUUGCUAAACAUAAAGAAUUUUCUCAUGAAAUGGGUAUUUGUAUGGCAUCAGAAAACAAUGGGAAUACUGGUGAGGGAGAGUUUUCUGGAUUUGAUUCCUUGAUCAUUGAAGCAGAUAGGGAAUCAUUAAAAGAAAAAAAUAAAGAUAGAGAAUUUUCUUGUGAAUCAGAAGAGUUUUUGGCUUCUCUUAAUAUCAGCAAGGCGAACUUUGAUGAAGAGGACUUUCCUGGUUCAGAUUCCUUGAUCACAGAAACUGAGAAAAAGAUAGAUAGAAAAAAUAAUGGACUGUGCAUUUCUGUUAAUAAUGUUGCUGUGGGUACAUUUUGUGAAAUAGGUUCUUCCAAAACACCAGGUGACAACUCAGAUGAAACUCAUUCCAUUAGAAAUAUUAACUGUACUGAAAAAUCGAAAAUUGUAGGAGGAUGGCAGGAGACCACUGACUGUAAUGGGAAAAAAAUUUAUUUUAAUGUAAGAACUGGAAACACUUCAUAUGAUGAGCCCAUCGUUAGGGACAUGCCAGUUUGGAACAGCAGUCAGUCAUUAGGUGCACCAUUACUGAAAGUUCCUUUAACUGCUGAGCCUGAUUAUAUGCCCUAUGGAAAAUAUCGCCUGAGACAGGACUUCACAUUAAGCCAUGGAUAUUCGACAUUUAUAUCAUGGAAAAAGAAAAGGGAGUCUGAAAAAAAUACUUGUACAAAGGCUGCUCUUGCAUCAAGUAAAGCAGACCCUCCAGAAAAGUCUAAUACAGAAAUUACUAGUAAUUCUAGUAAUUUGGGGUCCCUGAUACCAGCCAGUGAAAAUCUGAAUGGUUCACAAUCAGUUGAAAGGUCAGGAUCUUUGCUUGAAAGUAAGGAAAUUCUGUCCCAAGAUUCUGUUUCAUUGUUAGUGCCACCAGAGACAUUAGACUCUUUGCUAAUAGACUUUGAAGGAGAUAAUGAAUCUGUAAAAUGGUUAGUUAAACCAUCAUCAGAGGAAAGCAGUGAGUCAAAUUUAGCUGAGAUUUGCCAACUUAUGGAGCCUCAAAACUUUGCUAUGGAUGCUGAUGUCCUUCAUAUAGAGCCAUGUGUCACAACUGGAGAGGGAGUGUCAAGCAAGGGAGGACCUGUUAGAAUUUAUAAUAUUGUUCAUCCCUACAAGUUCACCAAAAAUAUGCUUCCAUCAUGUAAGGUUUUGGGCCAGCUUGAUAACAAGUUCAUAGCAUGUACUAUCAAAUAUACAGCACAGGAUGAAACAAACUCACCUAUCAGUUUAGUGGUUUUGUUUGACCAACAUGCUGUCCACGAAAGAGUACGGUUGGAGAGCAUCAUUGAAGAAAAUCUUGAAUUAGCAGAGUCAGGGAAACAGGUUAUUCGUAGCUCUAUGGUUACUCCUCCUAUGUCCCUAACUCUUCCUGAUGAUGAAGUAAGGUUAAUGGUGGCAUAUAAAGAGCUAUUCUUUCAGCGUGGCCUUCAUUUUACUAAGACAAGCAAUUCUGAGGUUUCAUUUCAUGCCAUUCCAAACUGUUUAGUGGCAAGAGAAGCCAGUGUGACACGAUGCAGACGAAGCCACACAGCGAGUGUUGUCGUCGAGAGCAUCGUGCGUGACAUGUGCCACAUGGUCUAUACAACAGGUGGCGUCGUUGGCAUUAUUCCAAAGCCCCUUCAGUAUGUAAUGAAUAACCAGGCAUGUAGAGGAGCAGUGAAAUUUGGAGAUGAGCUGACCCUAUCCCAGUGUCAGGAGAUGAUAGACUCACUCGUUUCCUGUCAACUACCCUUUCAGUGUGCUCAUGGUCGGCCCUCUGUUGUUCCUGUUGUGAAUAUGACUCAUCUUGCGAAGUUAGAGAAAAAGGAUGGGAAACCAAAUAUAAAAAAAUUGGUAGCUAACUUGCCUAACCAAGACAGCAAGUAGAAAACUUGAUCAUGUGGAAGAUAGUAAGCUGAAGUCCCGACAAAAUAUUACAAUUUAUUCCCAGUGCCUUUAAAACCUUUGCAAGUGGAAACCAGAUACCUUGUACCUAUAUGUAUUGAUGGACUCAACUACGUAGUACAAAGCAAGUCCCAUCCAUUAAUAGCACCACCACCUUCUUCAAAUCCUUGAUUAUUUUGCUAUUUUAUUAUCAUAAUUCUUUCAUUAGUUUUGGACUUCUGAGACCAUUCGUGAGUCUUAUUGGUUUUAUCCUUUCAUACACAUGGCCUGUUUUGAUUUGUUUUAUGGUGAAUUUAUUUAAUUUUUGAGCAAAGCAUUGCUAUAGUCUAGGAACUUUUUAUGGUAUAUUUCUUUUGGAGAUUAAAAAAUCAAGUUGUUCUAGGAAGAUAAACAACUUACUUGGAGACAAAAGCUCCAUGUCUGAUUUUAUAGGGUGCUGUGGUUGUUGUUACUGUCAAGUAGUGAAUAAAAAAUACCCAUAGUAGUAUGAGUCUUGAAAUGGAGAAACAAAUACACAGUUAUGUAUGAAUACAUAUAUGUAAAGAUAAAUCUUUAUGGAGAGCUUUUGAACAGAUUCCCGAAAGCUUUCUGUAGAUUUUUUAAAAAUAUAUAUGUAUCCAUACAUAACUGAGGAUUUGUUUUUCCAAAGUAAUCAAUGAUGCCACCAAGUCUUAUUUCUGGGCUCAUGGUACUGGCCUGAAGGUUGUGUUCUUAAAUGAGAGUUGAAAAGUUGAGCAGUGUAAAAUUAAACAUUUUGACAGCUACUUUAAGUGAGAAGAGGCCAAGAAGGGAGAAAAGGUAAGUAAAAUGGAAAAAGAGAAGGGGGCUCGUGACUGAAGGACUACUGCAAAGCACCUUUAGUGCUGUGUUGUGUCAUUUGUCUUGUGAAAUGCUUUGAAGGGUAGCAGUUUAUUAAUAUUUAUUUGAUAUCUUUUCAAAUGAUGAAAGAAAAUGUAAAUGGGUCAACUUUGGGCAAGCACUAUUUUGCAUGUCAUCACCAAUAGUUUAAACUACUAUGUACAUGUUUUGACAGUUAUGCAAUGAUUAUCAGUGAAAUACUGAAUUAUUCUAAUUUGUGACAGCCUUAGAACAUGAGUAUGAAAUUUUAAAUGUUCAAGUUUUGCAUCCUUUUUUUUUUAAUAUUAUAAAUUUGAAAGGUUCAGGUUUUGCAUCCUUUGUCUUUAAUAAUUUUUUGCAAAAAAUGUCUGUUUGAUGCAAGUUGCAAAAUAAAUUGCACCUUUUCCACCCUUGUAAUAAAGUUGUUUUCAGGAUCUAAUUAAUGACUUGUGUUAAUUCCAUUAAUUCCAAGUCUAAUCUUCAAAUGUGUUUGUUUCUGUGUGAAUCACAUUUUAAAUUUCAUUUAAAAUUUUUAAAAUUUACAUUGGGACAAGUACUUCAUGUAACCUUGAAGGAAGCAUUGGAAAUUUGGGUUUAAUAUUGGAGUGUUUAAAACUCAUCAAUUUAAUUGACUCGUGUACUAAAAUGCACUUUAUAGACAGCAAAAAACAUGUGUGCUUAGUUUAGUGGCUAAAUCAUGUAAUGAUUGUAGCCUGUGGAACAUCAGUUAUACAGUACAGUAUGAAGUAAGCACUGAAAUAUGUUAAAACAUUCACAACUUCAUGUAUAAGAAACAUUUGUUUCCAUUUUUUCUUAAUAUUAAAGGAAUGGAUUUUAAGCAUGGUUUACAUACUGUAUUUAGUACAUUUCCCAUUCAUUGAUUAGAGUAACAAAACCCAAAUUUUUUUAAUGGCUAUGUGGUUUUCUUCAGCUCUUGGAAAUUCAUUUUGUCACAUAUAGUACCUGCUAGAUCUUUCGCUGUUUUUUCUUGGCUGCCUAUUGUAAUGCUGUCCUUUCCAUUCAAUUUACUGUUCAUCAUCUUAAGUUUGCAUCAACGUCCAAUAGAUUUAAGUAUAUUUAUGCAAAGACAAAAUUGUUCUGAAUGUGAUUAAUCUUAAUAGAUUAUGUGAUUUUAUCCUAUUUAUUAAAAAAUGAAAAUUCCAUUGA